ACUCAAUCCUUAGCCUGGAACAGGCACACACAACACAACAGACAAUUCUAUUCACUGCCAUUAUCGAAAUGGCUUUUAUGUCGCGACGUAAUCCUAAAGGAAAAUUGGUGCAGCGGAAAUUGCUGUCCGGCAGUCCUGCAAGUGGACUCGGAAACCCCCACCCAAGCAAAUCUGAUGCAGGAUUAACCGAUCAAAUACUUGUGGCAGGCAUAGACACAGACUCCUCCGAGAGCAUCAAGCAGCAGAAGGAUCGCCAAAGGCAGCUGAACUAUGAUGCGUGGGUGCAGCUCAAGGACAAGGAGAAGAAACAGAAGGUUCUGGCCGAAAAACGUGAAAGUGAGAGACUCGAAAGGGCAAACAAAGAGCGCAUGGAGGAGUCCCAGAGGGUGGUCGGGGAGUGGAACCUUAAGAAGGAGCAGCAGAUCCACGAGGAGCGACACAAGAAGCCUUUUGUCAUCCCCCAAAAGUACAGGGCCACCUAUGUGAGAUGUCCACGGGAGACCCCAGAGGAGCGCAGAGAGCGCAUUCAGGCAUUGGCGCGCCUCAAUCACGUCAAGGCGCAGCGCCUUGCUCGCCAGCGUGAGGAGCAGGAGAAGCUUCAGUAGCGUCGUCAGAUGGCAGCGGGCGCCUUUUCCAACUAGAUGAAGAACGAGCAGAGCCGCCACAAGUGGAAUUCCGCGACACAACCCAACAAAAAAUUCAAUUUAACUGUUUAGUUUUACAUUAUUUGAAAUAGUUUCUUGAUGCUGCAUCAUUGGUGUUCCUCGCACUAAUCCAAUCAAGAGCAAACGCCACUAAUAUUGGAAAUAUUCCUCCGACCUUUCUCAAGAAUUUCUGGACAAUCUAUCAGAUGGAAGACGACAUUUCGUCACAGAAUGAAAGAUAUUCUAGACAUGCAAGGAACAUUUCAAGACACAGGAGAGUGUUUUUCGCAAUCAAAAUUUCAACUUUAAUUAUUUUUGUUCGAUAUCUGAAUACUAGAAAUCAUU